AUGGAGAGCUCGGGUGUCUCAGCGAAGAUGGUAUCUGACAUGGAUGACCAUGGCGAGAUGCGAGUCGACGCACAGAACUGGGCAGCAGCAGCGAUAGAGAGCAAAAGCGACGAAAAGGAGAUAUCAAGAGCUAUAAAGUCGAAGUUCGAGGUCAAGUACGGCCCAACAUGGCACUGUAUCGUUGGCACGGACUUCAAAGCUUUCGUCACGCACGAGAGCAAGCACUUCGUUUUCUUCUACCACGGGAAGAUGGCGUUCUGUCUGUACAAAGCCGGAUAG